GUCGCCGCGGCUACCGAGUUAACAGGCUGCCGUCCGUACGCGUCUGUUACCGGCGACCUGCUGCAGAGUUUCAGUACCGUACCGCAGCGAUCGGGUGGGACGUGACAGUGUAAAUCGCCACUCUGCUGUCACGCUACGCGUUUUUUCUAGUGUUUACUGUUGUAGUCGAAAUGUGUGUUAGACAAUAGCACAUUAUAGGCUGUUGUCGGUUAUUCAUUCUGAGGUAAAGCGAGUCUCAAUGUUUACUGUGUGACAGUAGAGACCUUAAGAUCCCAGUGUUACUUUGCUGCAGUUCAUCCAUUCGAAAGUGAGGAGCGUACUAGUGCUGAAACACACUCUUGCCGGCAGCAGCACAAGAGGCAGUUGAGCCGCCUGUGUUCACAGGCCGUGAAGAAACACGAGACGUCUCGCGGCUCGCAGUGGAGUUAAGGAAACGCACAUCCCUCCCCCAGCUGCUGUUGGCAGCAGUGUAGUGCACGGGCGGUCUCCAGAGCGACGCUCGCAGAAAGGGAAGCUCGCUCGCUGGGAGAUAUCUGGACUUGGCGCGCGUCCCGCUGGGGUAAGCCGCCGACGCGUGACGCGGCUGCCGAUCGCUCCGUGUCCAGCUACACGUGCCGCUUGUCCACUUCAGAACGGACCGGUGGCACAUGCGCUUGUCCUUAUCGACUGAUGCUGGUUAACGUAGCCCACGAUGUAUCCGUAAUAUGAAACGAUGGAGUUAUUUGUGCUCACAGUGAAAGUGCUCGAUAUAACGUAGAUCGGCUCUACAGUGGGUGCAGAGGAAGUCGAGAGUGCCCGGAAUGAACUUACGUUGGCAGAGGCCAUGGUGAAAGUGACGGUUAUCGAGGUGAAGCCAUGCAGCCCGGAGGAGUCGCCGCCGUGUGCAGAGGCGGAAGGCAGGCGAGCCAGCGGCGGGCCGGCCCUGGCGCGCCGGCACUCGCGGCGCCUGGCGUCGACGCGAGGACUCUCCUCCAACAGCGACUACCUCAGCAAGCGGCGCCAGCACGGCGCCCAGCCCGAGGACAGCGUCCGCCACAAGAUACACUUCUUCGAGCAGGAGGCGCGUGCGGGACGCCCGUGCGUAGACAGUGAGGAGGAGUCUGGCAGCGGGACGCUACAAGCAGUCGCCGACAGCACGCGCCCUGCGACCGACGCUCCGAGCGACCGCCGGCAGCAGCAGCAGCAGCAGCAGCAGGCAGAGGCCGGUCCCCGGGGCAGGACGACCGUCGAUGUGCACGUCGAUGUUCGGGUUUGCUCCACCGACGCCCGCCGGGUGUCUCCGGACGGCACGGAGAGCUGUCGAGAGCAGAACGAGCCUCAGCCGCCAUCCAACAGCAGUCAGCCAGUCAGCGGAACAGACGCUGAAGAGCGGCGGCAGAGAGGCCGGCAGCGAUCCGGCGUAUCGGUGGGUGACGGCUGUGGCUGGGUGCGCGUCUUCGUGGGCGACGACGACCGCGGCUCGCUCGUCUACCUGUCGCUCACCACCACCGCCGCUGACGUCGCGCAGGAGCUCGGCCUCGACGACGACCACACCAUCUGGCUGCAGAGUACGGUGCUGGACGCCUCAGCGGAGAGCAGAGCGGCCUUUGGGCGUGGGUGCCUGCUGCUGCUCGCGCCGCGCGCCGAAUCCACCUGCCGUGCCGUGGCGGCCUCUGGUAUUCUGCGCACGCCGGGCGCGCCGCGCAGAGCAUGCCGGGACACGCGAGGCGACCGAGCGAGACCGCAGGGCAGCGCACGAGAGCAGAGCGCCACACCGACGCAGUUCCACACUGUCGCACAGCAGACGCGCCUGUAG